UCAUUUUUAGGCGGGAAAUCUCCAAAAAUUGUACCAUCGUCUUCUGAUUCCUUCUCUUUCUCUACUAUCCUCACAUUCAAUCAUUCUCCACGUAACAUUCACUCUCAUCUCUACAGUAUGGUCGGUGGCCGGCGGAGACAUACGUCGGCGGGAAAAAAUACCGCCAUGGAAGAAAAUGCAUCCCUAAAAGACGGAGUCGAUGACGACGCAGUGAUCGAUGUCGAUGAUGAUUCGUCUUUGCAACAGGAAAUAGCGCGGCUUCGUGGACGAUGGGAACUGGCCUCUGUUCUUAACUUCUUGAGCGUUUUUGAGCCUGUUAUUGGUACUGAUUUGAAGUUAACAGCAGAGGAGAUUGAAGCUGGACUUGUUGAGCCUAACAGUUCGCUUGCUCAACUUCACAUUAAGUUAUUGAAGGGGAUACCACCUGUGAGUAAAACCUUGAAUGGCUCUGAUGCAUGGGUGACUGCUCUUUGUAAGAAAAUCUCUAUGUGGUGGCCAUGGGUUGCUGAAGGCGAGAUACCUUUGACUGCAGCCAAUGGAGAGGAGAUAUCUAGAUACAAGGAACUAGAUCCGACAAAUCGUUUACGGAUUCUGAAAGCACUAUGUGAAAUUCGCGCUGAUCAAGAUGAUUCUGUUUCAUAUAUUAACGAUGCUUUGAAAAGUGGAACUGAAAUUUCCAGUUUCCGCAAAGAUAAGAUUGGGGAAGAUGGAAAUGCAGCUUGCUACUGGUGUGAUGGAGGUCCAGUCAUUGGUCAUAGACUGUAUAAAGAAGUAAAGAAGACUGACCAGAAGACAAAAUGGAAGGGGAAAGCAUCUUAUAGUCUAACGGCUGUGUCUUCUGAGUGGCAAACCCUAGCAACCAAUCUUGAGGAAUUUCAAAAAGCUGUGGAUGAACUCUCAUCAAGCAGGGUAGUGGGAAGAAUUGCUGUUGGCAGGACUGUUGAAACCAAUUUUCUGCCUCUUGUUGAGAAAUUCCAGAAGAAGAAAGAAAGGGCACUUAAACAAAAACAAAGGCAAGAAAGGCUCCUGAAUGACUUUACAUCCUAUGGGACUGGGAUUACUCGUUCAUGUCGCAGUCGUAGACCUAUCAGUUAUACAUUUGAUGACUAUGAUCGUGCCAUUGAUGAGGCUAUAGAAGUAACAAAGAAAAGCAAGACAACAAAAGAGCAAAGAAAUGAGAAGAAACAUUUUAAGCAAGAAAAAUGUGAUGGGGAUUCAGACAGGUGCAAGGAAAGUCACGCUGAAAAUGGUGUUUCAGAAAUGUUUACAGACUCGAAAGAUAAAGAUACUAUAGAAGCUGACUCUUUGGACAGUGAAACUGAAAGUGAUAGUAUUCAACAAGAUGUUGAUGGUGAUAAGGAUGAUGACUAUGGCAGCAAAAGCGAUAAUGAUUAUGGCAAUGAAUCGGGCAAGUCUGAUGAGGAAAACGCCAAUCCUGGUGAGAGGAAUUGUUCUAAGAAGCCAUUUGGGACACGAUGGAGUAUGAGGCUGGCUGGGGUUAUGAAUCAUCCUGUUCCGGAAACCAGAAACUUGGCUACCAAGAAUAGGUUGAGGCAAAGGCCCACACGUAAUUCUGCUCUCGACUCUAUAGUAAUUGAUUCAGAGGAUGAGAACUUGUCACAAAAUACAAAUAGCGAAACUGGACAUGAGCACUCGUCUCCGCUAGAUACUUCAGAGGAGUUCAGCGAUGGUUAAAACUCAUGAAGAGAAUGAAAUAUGCAUGUCAGAAGAAGCAUAUGCAAGGAAAUUUUGGUGCACAUAUUCAAAAUUGUUGUGGAAAAUUUGUUGUUUUGGGAGUCCAAACUGUAGUUAUCAUUUUUACUUUUAUAUUUAUCCUUUUCUUUUUUUGGCCUAUUGCCUCAAUGCUUCAUAGUUGAAGAAAUUGCAAUUUGUCAUUUUCAGCUGUAGAAGUUAUAGUGAGAUUUACCAAUAGGAUGACAUAUUACUAUUUUGCCUUGCUA